AACUACAAUAUGAUAACACAGCGGCUUUGCUGUUUGGAUCUAGAAACAUAAUAAUGAAGCCCAGUUAUCUUCCAGUUAUUACAAUAAAAGUUACUCGCGAGGAAUUGAUGGAUCCGAAUUUGUUAAGGCAAAAAUUGGCCACAGUAUUUCGCCUUGGAAAGUAUACAAAUCCUGCUGCUUUA